AUGUCCAAGCAGAGUGACAGACUCCGUCUUAUUUGCAUUUGUUGCACACUAUCUUUCUCUGUCAAUUUUCAAUAUGCCUUCUCAAGCACCUAUACAAAUGCUGCUGUACACUCUUUCCAAAGAUUUCUGAACGAAUCUUAUACGACUAAUAAUGUGAAGAAGGACAUCGAACAAGGUACGGAUUUGAUAAGCAAAUGUUUCCUAGUGUACCUAGAAAUUGCUAUAAUAUUUUUAGUUGAAUUGGUGGCGUUCCUUCUGGGAAAUGCACUGAAUGUGAUCGGAUCGCUAGCACGUUGCUUAGCUAUCGCAAUGUACUCACCCAUCAUACUCAUUAUUGCCAGGAUCCUUUGCGGAUUUGCAACUGCGAUCAGUUAUAGCGCACUUGUACUUUAUCUUCAGGAAGUUGCGCCACCGACAAUGCGAGGUAUGACUUCCUGUCUGAAUGGGUUGAUUUAUUCCUUCAUCGCUUUUCUUGGAGUUACGCUAGGCAAUGAUUUGCUACUUGGGAAAAAUCUGCUGUACUAUUUCGGUGUUGCCGUUCCACCAUGCAUUCUGGGAGCGGCUGCACUGGUGGUCUUUCCAGAGACUCCGAAAUUUCUACUCUCUCGAAAAAAGUACAAUCUAGUUCAAAUUUCACUUCAAUUUUAUCAUGGAAGAUCGUCAGACGUAUCAGCUUCACUCAGCUCUAUUGAACAAGAUGUUAAUGAAGCUUCCCACGGGGAUGCGAAUUACUCAGACCUUUUUGUGAUAUGUCAUCUGCGAGCGGCGCUUCUACUAGCUUUAGCUGCUCUCCAAGUAAUCUAA